ACUCUUCCAAAUGGCUUCGUGACUCGAUAAACACCUCGAAAUAUUUUGCUAAAGCGACACCGGUCGCAUACUUUGAUACUCAAUUUUGGAUCGCGUAGAUUGGCUCUUUAAGCCACCGCUAUGUACGGUCAACGACGGUUAGCAUUUGAAACGAUAUUUAUCGAGCCCGGCUCUCCGAAUGACUGACCGUCAAAUCACCGAAUCGACUAUCGGACUCGCAGGACGCCUUUCACAUUUACCUUAUGGGUUGACUAAGGCGGAGGAUCGCGGAUGGCAAUCCACGAGGAACUUCACCCAAAGAACCCCUGUGUUCAAGGAACUUGGUCUUCAUAAGAUAUGGCGACCAACUGCUAGCGCUAGUUUACAAUCUCCAAGCUCAUCGGCUAGUAACUGGCAUACAAGCAGGAAACAGCAGAAAUGGCUUUUGAAAUCAAAUCCCGAGGCCCGCCUAGGGAAUGAAUAUAUCCACGAUGAAUUAGUAUCUUCAAAUUCAUCGCCACAAACUCGCGACAGUCAACCAUGGAGCUCAUCCCUCUUCGCAAUCGGCGAAUUAACCGACACGAGUGAUCCUCAGGUAGUCACUGGUGCUCCACUAGUAGCUAUUGCCACAGGCGAAGCAAACGACGUCCUUCGUCUAGCGAAGCCAGGCAUAGAGGAAUGGCAGUGGCACGGCGAAGGUAGUGUCUCUCUGGGAUUUGGAGACCUAACAGAGCAGGACGAAUCGAUUCUCGUUAAAGAUGAGUUUGCAGGAUCUAUCCGCCGUUUAAAAAGUGUGGUCGACUCGAAGAGGUACGAUCCGACACGCUGGAUAAUCGUCCAGAGAGAUACCGGCACACAAGUUUUCCAGCCAGAAUAUCGAUUGGCUGCGACGGUUUCUGCGUACGAUCGUGGGGGCAAAAUCUCCCGUAUUGCAGCGAAUCCGUUGUUUUUUCUUUCAAAGGACCAAACUGGAGGGAGUCUACAUCUAGACGCCUCAUUUAACCCCGGUGUAAGAUCAAAGCCACCCCAACUUGGGCUCAUUGACGAAUGUGGAUUUUGGAGCAUUUGGGAUAUUGCUCAUACAAGAAUCAGGUCGUCUAGAAAGCCGAAGGUUCGCAUAAGCAAAUGCGGGCAUAUUGAGCAGGGUAUUUUGGGGUGCCCCCCGUUGAAAGGCACCGGAGAGCCGCAAUGGCAUAAAAUGUUCUGGGUUGGCUGCCCAUCAGGAGAGUCCCAAGAGUUGAGCUUGGAGGAGGAUGCGGAUAACCCCGAAACACCAGGCUCAUUUCCACAACUUGUGCGAUCAUCUACAUUGCUUUUGUGCAACACAAAACUCGUUAGACUAUUUGACCUUGCGAACAAUUCAGCUUUACCCGACUUAUCAUUCAUUGCGGAAAGGAGUAGAGAUUGCAUUUUGGACGUGCAUCCAAACCCACGAGACUCUCAAUACUUCUUUGUACUGACAUCUUCGAAAUUAUUUGUUGUCAGAGCCUGUUCGGCCCCGGGGCAAGAUUGGGGGCAAGAUCAAAAACAGUGGAGUAUCGUACUGGCGGUAUCCCACUUGAGAGAUGGCUUUGACGCAAGCUUGAAGCUCACCGUCGCGCCCGGAGCUACAUUGCCUGGACAAGCCACAUCCCUAAUCUACAUCUCCUCGAACAGCAAUGCUCGGAUCGAUCUUUUCUGUGUUACUAUGAUGAAAAGCGAUCCUUCGAGGGUUGCUUACCAUAGCGAAACCGUUGUGUUAGAUGCUUUCCAGCGUACACCCCCAGAAACAGCUCCCCUGGCAAUAUGUGUUCAUCCUAUACCGGUCGCCUUGAAGCCUUCGAAAGUGCCAACGCAGUUUGCACGUAGUUUUGCCACACAGCAGAUACAAUUUUACCAGCUUGCCGUCUUGACAAGAGAUAUGUGCCUUGUCUCUUCGCUCUGCGUGUCCACCUUUUCGUUGUCCAUUGACCAGAUAAAUCGUCCGGACUACAAAGUGACUCGAACGCAAGAUCAAUCUAGGCAAAGGAAGAGGGCGUUAAAACAAAUAUCCGCACGCUUCGUGGUUCAAAACGGCGUCAUUGGAGAUGACAAUGAAGGCGAAUACCAUUCAACCAUUACCCCAUGUGUCUCUCGGUGGACAGUAACACGAAGACAUGUUGGGGUUUUCUACGAAUUCCUCCGUGUAUUCUUAAACGAGGCCAGGGGAUAUCAGGAACCACCUGUUGGAGAUGAAGAAUUUGGUUAUAAUCCAUUUGAUGAUGUUCAUAUUGCCACUCAGCGGGCUAUCGAAGAUGGAAAUAUGCCGGCCACUACCAUCUUCCAGAUGAUUGAGAACUUGAAACUGCCUAAUGAUAUGAGUCUUGCAGCUUCCGAUUGGAGGCUCGAAAUAGAACGUCUCGGACGCAUCAACUCAGAGGUCGUGCUAUUGGCACUUGAUCAACCACAUAUUCAAACUAUCAAACCAUCAAGUUCACUAGAUGAUCUGCACUCUGCGCUCGUCAUCGCAAUGGCGGGUGCAAAUUUCGAUGAUGAAACACAUGGCUGGAUCUCAGAAGCGCGAUCAACGGUGAUUCGACAAAUAGCCUGUGAUAUUUAUUUGUCUCUCUUUGGGUUGGUGCAUCGCCCAGUAGGUCAUCAAAUGGAUUUGAACGAAUCUCAACAAACUCUUGCCCAUGAUCUAGACAAUAUGGCCAUCGAUAGCCAGCAAGGAAGCCGUGCUGUAAGUGUAGCUAGAUCCCAAUCCGAGGUAUCUACCACAAGUUCAACGGAGUCGAAACCGGAAAUCUCCCCGGAAGAGGACCCGGCUAUGACACUUCUAAGGUCAUAUACGGGAACUGGUAGAUUUGUACCCACGAAAAGCACCGCACUUCUAGAUAAAUGGCAAGUCGGCGCUAGUCUUGAUGAUUAUGUAUUUGAUCUCAACCUCGAUCAAGAGGAGAAUCCCGGCAUGCAAAGGCGGGCGAAGAAACUAGCCCGCGAAAGUCGGAAACGACGAAGAGCCGAAACACUCCUCCAGAUACACAAGGAUCAAGGUCCAAGUCUUCCCGCAACUCAGCCAGCGCCGAAUACCCGCUUCUCAAGCCAGUUCAGCCAACCCACCGGGGGCUUUUCAAGUCAGCCUAUCAGAUCAGGUCCGUCACACACCAUGUCUCAGCCGAUGACUGGAAUAUUCGGUCGGAGAGAGGAGAGACCGAAGAAGAAAGCGAAAAAGCGAGUGGCUGGGUUUUGAUUGUGAGCAAACGGAGACUCUUGGGCUUAAAAUCUAAUCUUGUCCUGGGUGAAGUUAUGUGUUGGUUAUGGAAGGAAGUCAGGGUAUUCUAAGAGAGUUCAUAUCGGAGCAAUACGAUAUAUUCUAUGUAUCUAGUCACAAUCUCAAUCAAC